CAAAAGCCACCUUCACCGCCCUCUCCUGACGAGAUCCCCAUCAACGUCAAGCAAGCCUACAAGACCUUUGCAGCGGUGCCCUUGUCACACCCUCUGCUCGAGACACAGGAACUGCCUGGUCAGACCAGCACAGAGAAUCCCAAAACCACCCCAGAGGUGGCCACGCACAGCCCCAGUGGACUCCACAGCCCUGAGCAGAGAUCCUUCCGUGAGAGGCAGAAGUAUUUUGAAAUUGAGGUGAAGCAACAGCAGAUGGAUAAACCUCCCAAGCGUGUCUCCCUGGUAGGAGAAGAUGACCUGAAGAAAAUGAAAGAAGAGGAAGCUCGGAAACUGCAGCAGAAACGUACCCUUCUGUUGGAGGAAGAGGCAGAAGAGGAUGAGAUGGUAAAGCAGGUGCCUGAGAUGAGCAUGCAGUCCAGUGUGAUCAUUGAAGGAGUUGAGUACAAGAUUGAGAGACUAAACGGAAGGAACAUCCAGGCUUCAGCAACCCGGGCCUCCGAGCUCAAUGAGAACAGCAGCUCACAGAGGAAUUCACUGGAAGAGGGAAUCAAGCCUGAACAGAGAACCAACUCUAUGUCUGGGUUGAGUCCAUUAUAUCUUGGAGCAGGGGAUGCAGUGGCACCUGUGCGGACAGCCAAAGCUGAACGGCGGCACCAGGAGCGGUUGCGAAUGCAGAGUCCUGAGCUUCUGAGUGGUCAAGAGAAGGAGCUUUCUCCAGCAGAACGUCGUGCUCUGGAGGCAGAGAAACGAGCAAUGUGGAGGGCAGCACGGAUGAAAUCACUUGAACAGGAUGCUCUUAAAGCCCAAAUGGUUAUUGCCAAGUCCAAGGAGGGGAAAAAACGCAGCACACUGGAGCAGCUGGCAGAGUCACCUUCACCUGUUCCUACCCCAUCACCAACACCACUGGAAGAUUGCAGUCCCAGGAACAUUACUUCCCCAGGAAGGCUGUCCCUGUCUGAAAAGAAGUUUGACUACCGGGAAUUUGCUGCUAUUCCUUCCUCCAAACCUGUUUACGAAAUCCAGUCACCUGAUGCAGCUGAUGACCCCAGAUACAUAGAUGACAGAAAUAACUCAGUUCCCCAGGAGCAGGAUGGGCAGCCAGAGGAAGAGGAAAUGUUAGUAACAUGUGAUCCAUCAACACCGACUUCAUCAGCACUUGAAGAAAUGGCCCUGUACAGCAGCAAACGCAAACUCCGACACAGCCGGCGCAGUUUGGAGGCUGCUGUUCCUACGUAGAAGAUCUGGUGCACCUGGGCGAUGGAAUAGCCCAGCACAGGGCUUUUGAGCUUCCUGUGCUCCAGGGCCAGCACUGGACUGCCCA